CGCCUCCACCACUACCGACACUGUCUGCUUCUCGAGCUACCACCAGUAACACAAGCGGACAUGUUUGGCCGGCCUCUUGGUGGAGUGUAAAUAUACAUUUGUCUUGCACGAUAAAGGAAUACAUAGCCGAGGCCGGGAACCAUGGACGCGGUCAAUGCAUUUAAUCAUGAGUUGUUUUCUCUGAUGGACUCAAAGCCCCCAAUCUCUCGGGCGAAGAUGAUCUCCAUCACAAAGUCUGCCAUCAAAGCUAUAAAGUUGUAUAAGCAUGUUGUCCAGAUUGUUGAAAAGUUUGUCAAAAAGUGUAAACCUGAAUAUAAAGUCCCAGGACUGUAUGUGGUGGACUCAAUUGUGAGGCAGUCACGGCAUCAGUUUGGAUCAGACAAGGAUGUGUUUGGGCCCAGGUUCACCAAAAACAUCACCGGCACUUUCGAGAAUCUCUGCUUGUGUCCAUUUGAGGACAGGAGUAAGAUUGUGCGUGUGUUGAACCUGUGGCAGAAGAAUGGCGUGUUCAAAAUCGAGGUCAUCCAGCCUCUGUUGGACAUGGCCACGGGGUCCGGCAGCGUGGCUGGACUGGUAGACGGGGACCAAGCGGGACCCAACGGAGCCUCUCCCCCUACCCCGGUGAAGAAGGUGCCGGAACCUCACCUGGUCGCAGCCCCGGCACCUCGUGUAGUGACCGCUAACUCCAUCGCCGCUGCUGUGCCGCAGCUUCAGAACUCUGACGCCUUUGCUGCUGUAGCACAGCUCUUCCAGUCUACCCAAGGGCAGCAGCUCCAGCAGAUGCUUCAGACCUUCCAACAGCCUGGGAAGCCCCAGUCCCCACUGCUCCCCAACAGCUUGCCAGCUCAGAUCAGCCUGCAGCCCCACACCGUUCCCCCAGUUGCCCCCGCACCCGCUGCCAUGGUGCCUCAUCCAGCUCACCUGAAUGAGUCUAUCGACAAGAAGGCCACUUUUGACAAAACACUCCUGGAUCGCUUUGACUACGACGAUGAGCCGGAGGGUGCGGACGAGAUGAAAAAGGAAGAGACGCCCUCAGCCCAGUCUGUCUUCAGCCAUAUGGACAGCAUGCCCCAGCCACAUCCCCCGCCACAGCAGCUUCCCCCCGGCUUUCCCCAGCUCUCCUCUCAGAUGCCCAGCAUGGAUCACUUCCAGCAGGCCAUGAUGGGGAAACCACAUGACCCCACACAACAGGUACCUCUACCUCCGAAUGGGCAGCUCCAGGGUUUUGGCAUGAUGCCUCCCCAGCACUACCCAGGGAUGAUGCCUCCCAUGGGGCAGCCUAUGGUUGCCCAGCCCCAGCAGGGAGCUGUAAUGCCCCCAGGCUUCCCGGGCGGAUACCCGCCCCAAAAUAAUGCAUUUCCGCCACACCUGCCUCCACAUCAACAGGAUGUUUCCAUGGAGAUGGACUCUCCCCCAGUGAAAGACCGGAGGCAAUGGCCAGACAACAGGCGGUCCCAUUCACGCUCAGGCUCCAGAUCUCCGAAGAGGAGACGCUCCCGUUCCAACUCCCGGUCCAGGCGGACGAGGCACAGGCGGUCCCGGUCGUGGUCCCGGGAGAGGCGGCACCACUCCCCUCAGAGGAAGGAGAGAGAGCGGGAGCGGGAGAGACGACAGAAGGGACUCCCUCCCCUCAAAAACGAGACCCUCAGCGUGUGCAGCACCACCCUGUGGGUGGGCCAGCUUGACAAAAGGACUCAGCAGCAGGAUGUGGCGUGUCUGCUGGAGGAGUUUGGCCAGAUCGACUCCAUCAAUAUGAUUCCUCCGCGUGGCUGUGCCUACAUCGUCAUGGUGCAUCGGCAGGAUGCGUUCAAAGCUCUGCAGAAGCUUAGCAGGGGCACAUUCAAAGUCAACCAGAAAGCCAUUAAGAUUGCAUGGGCACUGAACAAAGGCAUCAAGGCUGAGUAUAAACAGUACUGGGACGUGGAACAGGGGGUCACCUUUAUCCCCUGGAGCAAAGCAAAAGUGGAGGACUUGGAAGGCUUGAAAGAAGGUGGCAUACUGGACACGGAUUCCUUAUCUCCAGGGUGGCCGGGUGCUCAGAGUGAACACGAUAUGGUGGACGAGGUGUCCCAAAACGGACGCUCAGAACCUGCUCCAGCUGAGGAGAAGCCGGCUGUCGCACCUGUGCAGGUGCUACCAGGCCAGCAAAUAGGAGUGCUGGGAUCAGUGCCGCCUCCAGGGUUCCCAACCCACAUGGGUAUCCCACCCCCAAACUUCCCACCAGGAGUGCCCCCUCCCCCUCCACCCUUCAUGAGACCUGGAUUCAACCCCAUGCAGAUGCCCCCAGGGCCUCCAGGAUUUCUUCCCCCUGGUGCUGUGCCCCCCAUGGGUGCUUCUGGACCCCCACCUCCAAUUCCAGGGCCCGGUAUGCUCCCAGUUGGCGGUUCGGAGGAGCCGUCAGGUGAUCCUGCCGGACUGGGCCACAGAAACAGUGACGGCUCUGAUGGAUACAACGCCGCUCAUCAAAUGGGUAACCAGAUUGGUGCACCUCCAGUUGGCCUUCUGGGGGCAAGGCCUGGUAUGAUGCCCUUGCAGCGCCCCCCAGGUAUGCCACCCCCACACAUGCAGCGCUUCCCGAUGCCCCCGCAUCACCCCAACAUGCCGCCAAUGCCCCCUCAGAUGAUGCCAAGAGGGCCGCCACAGAUGAUGCACCGAGAGCCUCCACCAGGGGGCUUCGGUAUGCCACCUCCCCACCCUAUGAAAGGCCCCUUCCACCCGCCAGGACCUCCGGGGGGACCUCUCGGUCCACCCGGGGGCCCCCCUCCUGGUCUUCCUGGGCCCCCAGGACCUCCUGGUCCUCCUGGACCUCCCUUUAUGCGGCCGACUGGGCCUAGAGGACCGGGACCAGAAGGGUCUGACGCCCGGGACGGAAGGCCUUUCCGGAAUGAGCGAAACCAGGGCUUUGGGCGAGACCAGGAGCAGGACUGGUUUGGAGGGCGGAGGUCAUUCGGUGAAGGACGGGGAGGAGAUCGUCCGGAGGCUAGGGAGAGGUCAUUCGGUGAAGGGCGGGGUGUAGAUCGUCCGGAGGGUAGGGAGAGGUCAUUCGGUGAAGGACGUGGUGGAGAUCGUCCGGAGGGUAGGGAGAGGUCAUUCGGUGAAGGACGUGGUGGAGAUCGUCCGGAGGGUAGGGAGAGGUCAUUCGGUGAAGGACGGGGUGGAGAUCGUCCGGAGGGUAGGGAGAGGUCAUUCGGUGAAAGACGGGGUGGAGAUCGUCCGGAGGGUAGGGAGAGGUAUGGAAACUGGCAAGAGGAAGAACAGCAGCAUGGUGGUGGUGGUGGAGGUGGGGGAGGAGGUUGGGAGCGGGAUCGAGAUCGGGAUCGGGAUCGAGACAGGGAAAGAGACAAAGACAGAGAAAGAGAAAGAGAAAGAGACAAAGACAGAGAAAGAGACAAAGACAAAGACAGAGAAAGAGAAAAAGACAAAGACAAAGACAGAGAAGGGGAUAGAGGAGGCGACGGCAGCAGCACCACCACCGAGGAACACAGUCGGCCAACCAAACGGAGUCGCGACCGCGAGCGGAGCUCCCGGUGGGACCGUGACGACUGGCUCAGGGGGGACAAGAGCAAUGAACUCAGCAGUGCUGAAAAAAACCCAGACGCCAACAUCAUCAUCGAGGCCCCCCUCAAAGACUUGGCUGGAGAGCAGUCACCCGCCAAGCCCGAACCCCCUGCAGACGCGACCAAAGGCGCAACCGCCGAGACGACCGUCGAGGCCCAGGACUCGGAGCCCACAGCAGAGGAUCCGCCCAGUGAAACUGCAGAGGCUCCACUCAGUGAAACUGUGGAGGCUUCACUCAGUGAAACUGUAGAGGCUUCACUCAGUGAAACUGUAGAGGCUUCACUCAGUGAAACUGCAGAGGCUCCACUCAGUGAAACUGCAGAGGCUCCACUCAGUGAAACUGCAGAGGCUCCACUCCGUGAAAUUGCGGAGGCUUCACUCAGUGAAAAUGUGGAGGCUCCACUCAGUGAAACUGCAGAGGCAACGGAGUCGUAG